GGUCAGAGUCUGAGCCAGCAGUAGGUGCUUUCAAUUCCAAGAAUGAUAGCACCUUGACCAAUAGUCAACUUUUGGAGCUGAUAGAAACAUAUCCUACUUUCAAGGAGGCUCUGAAAGAAAUCCAGAAACUUGUAAGUGGUGAAAUACCAUUCUCCUCAUUCAAUAGCUCUCUCAAGAAAAUUAAGGAAGAAAUGAGGAAACUAUUGAAGAACAGAUACGACCAAGAAACCUUAGAGAAGUUUCUGAUGGAGGAGUACAAAAUACCUCAGAAGAACGACCAAAGUGCAGCCAAAGAAGUCCUAAAAACCAUGAACUACAAUGACUGUGAAGAACAUCCUCGAAAUUUAAUACCAGAGCUUCUUCGUCAGUUUUACACACUUGGGUGGGUUUCAGGAACUGGUGGAGGAAUCAGCAUUAAGUAUGGUGAUGAAAUUUACAUAGCUCCAUCUGGAGUUCAGAAAGAGAGAGUCCAACCAGAGGAUUUGUUUGUUCAGGAUAUUAAUGAUCAUGAUAUCUGUAGUCCACCUGAAUGGAAGAAACUUAAGAAAAGUGAAUGCACGCCUCUUUUUAUGAAUGCUUUCAGGAUAAGAGGUGCUGGAGCUGUGAUUCACUCACAUUCUAAGAAUGCAGUACUUGCAACAAUUAUAUAUCCAGGAAAUGAAUUCUGUAUCACUCAUCAAGAAAUGAUCAAG